AGCACCACAGCUACUUCGAUAUUUGCUAUAUAAAACGAUAUAAAGUCGGGUUUUUAUUCUAGACUAAGUCAAUUGCAAACUUUCCUUUAAGCAUAAGAAAUGAAAGCUGUUACAGAAUUGCUGCUUUUGGGUUUAGUAUUCGUUCUAACUAAUUCGAAAACUGUAGAAACAUUUCCACUGGGGUUAUCAGAAUUAUCAAACUUUAAAGCUGCAAUACUUGACACUGAUCAUCAAGCAGAUACGGCAGAAAAUACUAGAAACAAACGUUUUCUUUGGGAUCUCUUCAGUUAUUUUUAUGAUUAUGACGAUGAGGAUGAAGAUGAUGAUCAAAACAAAUAUUUAAUAUGUCGUAAUUGCACGGUCCAUGUAAAUCAAAGUUUAGCACCUGUGGCUACUACUACAACAUCCACUACAACUACAACAACUACGACAACAACAACGCGGUCAACAGCUACAACUAUGGCAGCUUCUAUGCCAACAAGACCACAAAUGGCUGGUCCUAUGCCUACUGCUGCAGGAGCUAUGCCAACUACAAAAAAAUAAAAUU